UAUACUCCAUCUUGUCCCCAGUUAUCAUCAGUAAAUGAUACAGUCUCUGUUGCUCCUCAUGAAUCCACUGCAACAUAUAGUUAUACAUUAAUAGGUCUGUACAGUGGUAUGAACUAUACCAUCACAGUGAGAGCUGGUAAUGUACUAGGAGGAUCUGAUCCUAGUUUAACUGAGAAUACUACUCUCCGAGCAGUUACGACUGGAGUGCCUCAAUUUGUAUCUCUAUUACAACCAAUUAAUAAUCUCACUUGGAAUGAAGUCGAUUGCUCUAGGCGUAAUGGUCUAAUCACAGGCUAUACAGUGAGGAUCAGUAACAAUAGUAUCACAUACAACCUCACCAGUACUGAGAGACAUAUCAUAUUAAAUGAUCUAGUAUUUGGUACUGUGUAUAACAUCAGUGUAGCUGCUACGAAUUCUGUUGGAAAAGGUCCCUUUAGUGAUUCUAUUGUAGUUGAGAUAGGAAUAGUAUCUAGUCCAGUUGAGUCGGUAUCCAGUAUCAUGGACACUACAUGGGCUGUUAUCUCAUGGAGUGUACCUAGCUAUAUUCCAUCAGACCAUCCCAUUAUCACAUAUGAGAUAGGAUACCAUAUGUUUCAGUCUGGUAACUGUUCAAUCGUAGAUGAUGUUGAUGUUUAUUACAUUAAUACUCUUGCAUUAAAUCAAAAUGUUUCCUGUGGUAGUACAUUUACUAUUAUCACUGGUCUCUAUAGUGACACUUGUUAUAUUUUUGGUUUGCGUCCAUACACUGAUAAUGGAUAUGGUGCAUGGACAUUUAUUACUAGUGAGACACUUACACUGCAAUCACCUACAAUGUCAAUACAUAUACCUUCAAGUCCAACACCAUGUACAUGUAUCAGUACAUCAACCAGUAGUGGUGGUGUUAUUGCUGUUGGUGUACUAGGUGGUAUAUGGUUGAUUCUACUGACUGUCAUUGUUAUUGUUCAUGUUUACUAUUUCCUAAGAAUGCAAGGUCUUCUUACUGCACAAGCAAAAACUGAUGAAGAUAUUGCAAUGCAAGUGUGUACACCAUAUGAUCUUCAUAAGACUGAAGUACCAAGUAAAGAGAAUGAACGAGCAUAUGAAGAAUGUGAAGCACCACCUGAUGCAGCAACUGAUGACUCAAUUUAUGACCUUUGAAUAUAGAGAAAGUAUCAAAUUAUAUUAUCAAUGUGUGAUACAAAGUUGUUAACUUACUAUACUGUAGAUCUAGUGUAAUACAGUUUUAGCUUUAUAAUACAUUUCUUAGCAUUA